AACCAUGCCAUACGACACGGCUCUCGGCAUGUUGCCUGUGCGAAGAAGUCUGAAGAACAUGAAAGCCUUGCGUGUGUCUCAUUCAUCGUGCCGGACCUGGUGUUGUUUGUCUUCCGCGUCUGCCAUUUGUGUCGUUCACCGUCGCUUGCUACAACACGCACAUCUUGCUUAUUUACCCGUUCCCUUCUCCUUGCUUUAAGCUCUCUUUCCAUCACACCCAUCAUCCACAUCGUACAAUUCUUGGAUCAUGACAACUGCUCAGACUAAGCGAUGUGCAUCUAGCUCUUGCCGUGAGGAUGGCACCCUUCAAUGCGGCAAGUGCAAGGUCAUAUUCUACUGCAGCAAGACCUGCCAGAAGGAGCAUUGGGCCAAGCACAAGCAGCACUGCUCUCUUUAUGUGCCUAUGCCUGGAGGCAUUCUCGAAUUUCUGAACCUCAGUCGUGAGGCUCGCAACAAGGUCUACGAAGAUCUCCUUGUCGCUCGCUACACGCCCGCCCAACAGGCAGAGCAUGAUUCCCUCAUCAACGCUACUGGCGACCCCUUCAGCAUCAGAAAUCUCAAGGACAGCGUGGAAGAGCGUCUGAUGAUCAGCCCCGGCACUCCUCUGUGGGGAACUGAGGGCUACCAGCCUCUUGUCAAUGCUAGAGGUCUCCUUCAUGCAAACAAGCAGAUCAGCGCCGAGCUCACCAGUACCCUCUUCACCCAGAACACCUUCAUCAUCCCUGUUGGGGAGUAUUUCCGCUACCAGAUCACCGGCCAAUUGUUCACCCGUAAGCUCGAUCUUGAAUCUCUGUCCCAGAUCAAGCAUUUGGUCAUCAGCGUGUCAACACAGCUGGAUAUCAAACACCCUCGCCACAGCAAUGGUGUCGCCGCUCUGAAGCACAACUUCAACCACAUCGUCAAAAGUCUCAACAAGCUCGGCAACAACCUGGAAUCACUCAAGAUACGCUUUAUCACUUGCUUCGCCGGCAGAGUUGAGGAGAUGCGCGGAGACAUUGACCCUCUUCUUACGCAGCCCACUGCUCAUCCUGUUCAGAUGAUGCGUAUGGACAACACCAUCUUCACCUUCACCCACAACAAUGUUAGACGCUUUCACACUUCUGGGUUUGAUCUGGCCGAUGCUUUCGCGGGUCUUGGAAUUCCUGUCGAGAACUUCGAGGUCUACGGCGAUCUUCCUGGCGAGGUCAUUGAGCGUCUAACCCGCAAGUUCGGAGCUGCCGCUAAGGACGACACGAUGCAAGAGUAUCUAUUGGUUUGAAACACAACGAACAGUGCGCACUGAGGGGUUGGUAUGAGACGUGCGCAGCGUAGAUGAAUACAAACCAAAUUUCACUCUGUGGCUUUCACCAGAUCGCAUACCUUCAAAUGUGCUUCAAGACGAGAUCGGGAUGUCCAGACGUAUCUGAGACUCCCGACGCGCCCAUGUACCGAUAUUGACCUGUUGCUGCAAUCAUCCCCGUGUGCUAAGUUCUGUCACUUCUAGC